ACGGCGAGGCCUUGCAAAGAGGGAAGGGCAGAAGCCAGAGAGAAAAUUAGGGUUUGCACUGUAAGUGUUACGAUGGAUUCAGCUAAAGCUGGCCCAGUGCCUGCUCAACUUUCUCCAGAGGCGCUCUCUGUGUUCGCCGAAGGGAUCUCUUUGCUGCUCUCUCGAUGGACUUCACUUCAGAUGGCCGUCCAGAAUGAAUGGGGCGGCAGAAAUUCUCGCCAGAAAUCCGACCAACUCGCCACUGAUCUCAUGUCGUGGUUUUCCCAAUCUAAAGAGCCACUUUAUAUUGAUGAUCUAGAAAAUAUGCUUGACGAGACCAUGAUGCUUUCUUUCAAUGCGGAGAUCGAGGACGGCAGCGUUGAGGAGGUAGCGGAACAGUUGAUGAUUAUGCAUGAGGACUGCCUACAAGGCAACUGUGAGUCAGUUGAGAAGCUGAGGAAAUCCAGCUCAGGGGCAGAAGCUGUUUCUCGAAGCAGACAGAUGGUCAAUGAUGAUGAUGGUGAUGAUGAUGGUGAUGAUGAUGAUGAUGAUGAUGAUGAUGAGAGCUCGGAUGAUGGGUCAUCUAAUAUGGUAAUGGACGAGCUGAAGCCUACGUUAAAUCCAAAGCCAGAGCCUAUGUCAGUGGAUGUGCAGAGGCCGAGAGAAACCGUGGAAGCUGAAGAUGGUUGGACAGUUGUUGGUCCCAGGCGGAACAAGGGUAAGAGAAAUUAGGAUGACGAGCUUGAGUUUGCUCCCCCCUUCGAGUUAUAGGGUUUUUCUUUUUUUUGUCUGUUAAAUACUCUGUAUGCCAAGUUUUGGUUUGGAUUAUCUAAACACCUGGUGCUUUGAUCAGUGAUCUCGUAAAAAAUCUAUCUAUUGAU